UCCCGAGUCCAAUUGAAUUGAAAUGCGAUCUGGUUGAGUCAGUCGAGCCUGGAAGUCGAACGGGAUCACAACGAAAAUUAUAAAGCGCGUUUCGAGAAACAUAAUUGUGUAGUUGCUAUCAGCAUCGGUGCAAUAAAGAAAAUAUAUUAAAUUUAAAAUAUUAUAAAACGAAAAUCGAAGAUGGCCAAGUGGCUCCUGGGCCUCUGGCUUGCGAUCCUGCUAGUGGAUCGACCCGGGGUUAUAGCUUAUCGAUCUGGCAGCGGCUACCGGAGCGAGCAGUCGGAACCAGUCGGCUUAUCAGCGGGGCACUCGAGUUACGGCAGUGACCAACAGCAGCCCAUUUAUCAGCGGGAUUCGCCGUGUCCGCCGCAUUUUACGGGUCUGGUUGCGUAUCCCCACGACUGUCAUCGCUAUGUGAACUGCUACGGUGGCAGCCCCACCAUUCAGACAUGCUCACCUGGAACGCUGUUCAAUGGCAGAACCCUGGUCUGCGAUCAUCCCAGCAAUGUGGUUUGCCCCUCAGCGCAACCAGAAUCAACUCGCCUAGGACGUCUGAGCCAGUUCGAUAGCAAACCGAAGUGUCAAGCCGGAAUGAAUGGAUUGCAACCGCAUCCGACGGAUUGCACCAAGUUCCUGAACUGUGCCAAUGGUCAGGCCUUCGUGAUGGACUGCGCGCCAGGAACUGCCUUUAGUGUAGCAUCGCUCGUUUGUGUGCACAAGGAUAUUGCCAAAUGUGGAACUGGAGCUGGUGCUGAAGCUAAAGCUGGAGCUGGAGAAAGACCCUCUGGCCACGGCUAUCCGGCGAUGCCUUUGGACGACUUGGGUUGUCCAUCCGGCUUUCGUGGCCUUCGACCACAUCCCCAUGACCUGCACAAGUACUUGCGAUGCGGCAUUGGUGUUAAUCCUCAGGUGGAGCAGUGUCCGCAGGGAAUGAUCUUUCAAGGCUCCACUUUGGUAUGUGUGUUUUCUGACUCCUCUCGGACCGCCACUUCCUCCUUUACCUCUGCUGAGAUUCAGGUCAACUAUCUCCUAUGUCCAGUGGGAGCAGUUGGCCUGUUUGUUCACCCCUUCGAUCAGACCAAGUUCCUUAGUUGUAAGGAUGGUAAGGUGGCUGUGCAAAGCUGCCAGCCCAAUUAUGUGUUCAGCAUAUCGAGGGGCUACUGCCAGCUGAAAGCACAGUUGUCCUUCAGCGACUAUGUGACUUUAAUUAUUUCUGAAGUCACCUAUGAGUAUUCAUUGAUCUUAAAUGAAUGCCCUGGAAAUAUCAACGGCAACUUUUUGUAUCCCUAUGAUGCUGAAAAGUAUGUCCAGUGCUCGCCUGGUGGUAAGAUGUCCAUCCUAAGCUGUGGCCCACAGAUGGCCUUCAGUGUAUCCCAAAGGUCUUGUCUUCCUCGUGCUCAAGUGCACAGUACCGAUCGUGUGAAGUUCUGGGAGGAAAUCCAAGUUCAGACUACGUUCACUUCCCAAAUCAGUCAGUCAGGGCAGCUUCAAGGUCAGUUGUCUUCACUUCGAUCGUGCCCAUCCAGUGUCCAGAAGAACUACCCCUAUCCAUUCCAUGCUGGCCACUACGUGAAGUGCCAGAAUGGAGUAUUACACAUUGUCAGUUGUCCUUCUGGAACGGUUUACAGCCUAUCCCAGCGACAGUGUGUGACCCGUUACUUUCUCACUGCCCAUGACUACUUGGAUUACUCAUAUAUCAGUUCUGAAGGUUCAACUGAAUUUAUCCUUGACCGAUCAACUCUAACUUGUCCUCCCCAAAUCCAAGGAUACUAUCUGCAUCCCUUUGAUUGCACGAAGUAUGUCAGGUGCUGGAAUCAGCAGACCUUUAUUGAGAGCUGCACCCCGGGAGAAAUCUUCAGCUUCUCCAAUCAGAAAUGCGUUCCCAAGGAUCAAUGCAAGGGUCCAAACGAUCAUGUGGAAUAUUUGAUCGAUGGACCAGAUUCUCAAAGGAGCUUGGAUAUAAGUGAAGAUAUUACCUGCCCACCUGGGUCCUCUGGACUUCAGGCCCAUCCAUUUGAUUGCACAAAGUUCUUGGAAUGUGCAAAUGGACAGACUUUCGUACAGAAUUGUGGGCCGGGAACUGCUUUCAGCACUGUCAUUAACAGUUGUGAUUUUGCCAAUAAGGUGGACUGCAGUGGAAGAAAAUCUCUACCCGGUCAGAAUCCAGAUUCACCAACUAACCAAGUACCUAGCUACUCAACAAAACCAUCGGAUACUCGUCCACCACCACAGGCAUCCAACCCCUCUUACCCACCUGCCGAGCACCUCACAGACCUUUUCUGUCCAUCUGGAGUGCAGGGUCAAUUUGUCCAUCCCUUCGACCAAACUAAGUAUCUCCUGUGUCAGACUGGUAAGGUGACGGUUCAAAGCUGCCAGCCUAACUAUGUGUUCAGCAUAUCAAGAGGCUACUGUCAAUUAAAAGCACAGUUGGCCUUUAACGACUAUGUGACUUUAAUUAUCUCCGAAGUCUCCUAUGGGUAUUCAUUGGUAUUAAGUAAUUGCCCUGGAAGUGCCAACGGCAUCUUUUUGUAUCCCUACGAUGCUGAGAAGUAUGUCCAGUGCUCGCCUGGUGGUAAGAUGUCCAUCCUAAGCUGUGGCCCACAGAUGGCCUUCAGUGUAUCCCAAAGGUCUUGUCUUCCUCGUGCUCAAGUGCACAGUUCCGAUCGUGUGAAGUUCUGGGAGGAAAUCCAAGUUCAGACUACUUUAACUUCCCAAAGCAGUCCGUCAGGUCAGCUCCAAGGCCAACUGUCUUCUCUCAGAGCAUGCCCACCCAACGUCUUGAAGAACUACCCCUAUCCAUUCCAUGCUGGCCACUAUGUAAAAUGCCAGUAUGGAGUAUUAGAGAUUGUCAGUUGUCCUAGUGGAACGGUUUACAGCCUAUCCCAGCGACAGUGUGUGACCCGUUACCUUCUCACUGCCCAUGACUACUUGGAUUACUCCUAUAUCAGUUCGGAAUUUUCAACUGAAUUUAUCCUUGACCGAUCAACUCUAACUUGUCCUCCCCAAACCCAAGGAUACUAUCUGCAUCCCUUUGAUUGCACGAAAUAUGUCAGGUGCUGGAAUCAGCAGACCUUUAUUGAGAGCUGCACCCCGGGAGAAAUCUUCAGCUUCUCCAAUCAGAAAUGCCUUCCCAAGGAUCAAUGUAAGGGUCCCAGCGAUCAUGUUGAAUAUUUGAUCGAUGGACCAGAUUCCCAAAAGAGCUUGGAUAUAAGUGAAAAUGUUACCUGCCCACCUGGAUCCUCUGGACUUCACGCCCAUCCAUUUGAUUGCACAAAGUUCUUAGAAUGUGCAAAUGGACAGACUUUCGUACAGAAAUGUGGACCGGGAACUGCUUUCAGCACUGUCAUUAACAGUUGUGACUUUGCCAAUAAGGUGGACUGCAAUGGAAGAAACUCUUUACCCGGUCAGAAUCCAGAUUCACCAACUAACCAAGUAGCUAGGUACCCAACAAAACCAUCGGAUACUCGUCCACCACCACAGUCGUCCAACCCCUUUUACCCACCUGCCGAGCACCUCACAGACCUUUUGUGUCCAUCUGGAGUGCAGGGUCAAUUUAUCCACCCCUUCGACCAAACAAAGUUUCUCCUGUGUCAGUCUGGUAAACUGGCGGUUCAAAGCUGCCAGCCAGGCUAUGUAUUCAGCAUAUCCAGGAGUAGCUGUCAGCUCAAGACCCAGUUGGUCUACAGCGACUAUGUGACGUAUAAAGUCUCUGUAAUAAGCAUCGAGCAGACUAUGAUGCUCUCUGCUUGCCCGGGUGGCACCGACGGCCUUCAUCUUUACCCCUACGAUGCUGGCAAAUAUGUGCGUUGUUCUGAUGGCGGCAAGAUGUCUAUUGAAAGUUGCGGAGAGCAAAUGGCCUUCAGUUUGUACCAGCGAGCUUGCCGACCAAGUCGCCUGGUGUCAAAGGAAGAUCGUGUCAAGUUCUGGGAGGAGAUAACUCAUACCACUCAGGACUUUCAGGUCUAUCAGUCCCCACUAAGGGGUUGCCCUCCCUCGCUGCAGGGGAACUACCCCUAUCCCUUCCACGCUGGCCUCUUUGUAAAGUGCCAAAAUGGACGUUUGCAGAUUGAGCGUUGUCCCCAGACAGAUUUUUACAGUUUACCCCAACGCCAGUGUGUUGCCCGUCAGUUUCUCUCCACCCAUGAUUACGUGUAUUAUACCUUGAACAUUGAUCAACUCUCGACUGACCCUAUUCAGGACCUUACAACGCUGGCUUGUCCUCCGCAAGCUGAGGGCUAUUACUUACAUCCUUUCGAUUGCACAAAGUAUCUGAUCUGCUCGUCAAAACAAACCCAUGUAGGAAGCUGUAAGCAAGGCGAAGUAUUCAGCAUAUCCCAGCAAAAGUGUGUCGUACGGGAUAAGAUAACCGAACCUUACGAUCGAGUGGAGUAUGUUGGGGACACUCAGCACGAAUUGAGCCCGGAAGCGGAUGAGGAACAGAAGCAACCAGAGCAGGGCAAUGGACUGUCGCCUGGAGGAGAAUCUUUUUCACCUGGAAGGUAUCAAACACCUAAUGAUUUGAGUUACCAGCCGCCCUAUCAAGGUAGUGGAGAUUACCAACGACCUUUGCAAACAAACGGAAAUUACCAGCCACAUUUCCCAACCGAUGAAGGUUACCGGCCACCAAUUAGUGGUGUACCCCAGUAUCCAGGGGGUGCAGAGCCCUCUGCCUCACCAAGUCCUUUGAUGUGCCCUGAAAAGGUUAGUGGCCUCUUUCCGAAUCCAUUUGACGCUACUGGCUAUCUGACCUGCCUGGAAGGUCACACGUUAACUAGGCAAUGCCAGCCCCUUGAUGUGUUCAGCGUUUCUCAAGGGUACUGCUUGCCAGAGCAGCUUGUCGCUAAAGCGGAUCGCGUCCCAUUUGAAAGAAGGCAAACCGAUCAGGAUAAUCCUUUGGCGUGUCCUAGAGGUUCUUUGGGCUUUUUUGUGUAUCCCUUUGACUGUUCGAAGUACCUGAGCUGCGGUUCCAACGGGAUGGAACUACGGAGUUGUCCGGGACAACAGCAUUAUAGUGUCUCGCUUGGAAUUUGCAAGCCCGUUGAUCAGGUGCUACGUGAAGACCGGUUGUAUACGCUCAGUGAAUUGCACAUAAUAUACGAGUGGACCCAGCGGAUGAAAAUUAAGGGCGCGGUUACUGUUUGUCCCGAGGGAAUAACUGGUACUCUGCCGCAUCCUAGGUUGCCCAGAAAAUACCUUCGAUGUGGACCAAGCCAGGCCGAAAUGUACGACUGCCCGGCUCACCACAUUUUCAGCGUAUCCCGAAGAGUGUGCGUCCUGGAUGAACAAGUUCCCAGUGACGAUCGCACCGAUUAUAUAGUUCGGGGUUCAUCUUCCAGUUGGAUUAUUCCCUCUAAUGACAAUCGCCAAGCCAAAUCUUAUCAGACUACUGGCACGGACCAGUUUGGUAACCGAUAUACAACCAGGACGACAACCACAACCCGGGUGAUUGGAGACCGCUGGUCGGAUAUGAACAUGCAGCGACCAUCAGGUGUUGGACUGGAACAAAACCCCCUUCAUCAUCAUCAGGGAUAUAACUCGGGCUGGUCUGGCCAGGAGACGUCCUACGUUCAGCGUCAACCUUCCCAGAACACUAUAUAUGUGGAGGGAUCACUGCAGCCGAACCGUAAUUAUCCUACCUAUAAUACUCCGUUGGCUCCCAUGGCACCCAGCCAGCCUGUUGAGGACAAGAAACCAGAGCACGAAAGUACAGUUCCAUCGCGACAAGGCUAUAGUCGCAGAAUUGAUCAUGGUUCACCUGGCAAUGGGUGGAAGCCCAUGCCACCACCGCCUCCAACUGGUGGACAAAAACCAUUAAAUCUAGACUACACACCCCAUUCUCCUGGUGCCAGGGAACCCCAACACCAACACCAACUCCAACCCCAAGAUCCUCUGCUCGGACAGAAGCCCAUUGACUUGGACUUUGAUGACCAACAAAAACCCGAAGAUCCCUAUAACGAACUGCAACCUCUUCCGGGAUCGCCACCCCGUUUCUAUCCAGAUCAAUUGCCCAGUGACUCAAAGCCGAUUGGUAGACAGCAACCAGUUGACUUGCACCAUGAUUCAGGUAAUUUCCCAGACCAGCAAAGGCCCUUAGAUCCUCACAAUAGCCUUCUGGGAUCGAAUGAUCCGCCGAGACAUAACCCCAACCCUGGCUUGCCUUUGUAUAAUGAAUCCAAUCUUUAUGGCGGUCUCUUACCUCCCAAACCAGAUCCCUCGGCUAAUCCAAGACCUACUCCUCCACCGAAUCCUUCAGCUUCCCAGACGCCAACGCCGCAAUUGGCUAACCGACUAAACACAUUUCCCGUUUAUCCACCUAUUGGUGAUCAAACCCCCCACCAAAACCCCCACUAUAGUCCUUCAUAUGCAGGAAUUGCCCAUUCUCGCAAUGCCUCUUGGGCAAAAGUCCCUGUGACAAGUACAACUCCACCCCAAGAUCCCGAUCCCUUUAAUCCUGAAAUGGAUGAACCAUUCUAUGACGAUGAUGACUUCACGACCACAACAGUGAGGCAGGCUUUGGUGCCACCUCCUUUUGAUCAUAAGUUCUAUAGUCCCCAGUCGCAGAUUGGUGUUAUUAGUAAGGAUAGAUCUGGCUUUGAUCCCAACUCCCAGGUGGCCAUGAAAGAGGCUCUCAAGCUAAUGCUGCGUCCCUAUUUCAAUCAUAGUGGGAACGCCCAAGAGAAACAAGCCAAGCUGACUGAAACAGCCAUAGUGUCUGUGAUUAGUAAACCUCCCACUUCUUCAACUACGCAAAAGACCACGACGACUACUUCUACGACACCUAAAACAGACCUUGACUCUGACGCCGAACUGAUUAAAGCGGGUGAACAGGAAAGCCUAGAUUCCGUUGACGACGACUAUGUUUUUCCAGAUGCCAGGGAGAUAUCCCGAACCGAGCAGACCCUAGAUCCCAGUACCACGUACACCUCGACUGACUUUCAAAGGAGCACCCGCAGGGCGGAGUUAGACCCGAAAACCCCAACCCCAACCACAACCACAAUCAGAAAUAAUUGGCUUGCGUCUGGUCACAAUCGUGACUAUCACCGACGUCAUCCAAAUCUACCCGAUCCGUUCUCCGAGCACCAUCCCAAUCCUUCUCCCCACCAUAACCACCAACACCACCGCCACCCCCAUGAACACAAACACCAUGAACAUAGUGCCGACUUCCAUCGUCGUCAUCCGGAGCUACCAAAUCCCUUUCCACCAAAGGAUGACAAUAACCAACAGCAGGAGGUUCUGGAUGAAGACUAUGAGCUGCUGGCCAAUCCCAAUGCUGAGGAAGUGACUCCAAAGCUAUCGUCACGUUCAAGUUUCGAUCAUCAAUGCGAUUUUGAUUGCGGUAAUGGCAAAUGUCUGAAGAAGGAGCAGGUCUGUAAUGGUCAGAAAAACUGCGAUAAUGGAAAGGACGAGGUUAACUGCCCGCCCUCGGACUAUGAGGUGCGUUUAACAGGAGGCGAAGGCCCACAUGCGGGUCGCAUCGAGGUCAAGGCUAAUGGCCAAUGGGGCUAUGUGUGUGAUGACAAGUUCGGUCUUAAGGAUGCUGAUAUCGUAUGCCGCGAAAUUGGCUACCAGAUGGGAGCCCAAGAAGUCCGUGGUAGCUCUUUUUAUGCUCCCCCUAAUCAGGACUUUAACUAUCUAAUCGACGAGGUCGAAUGCCAUGGCAAUGAAACCAAGCUGAAAGAUUGUGCCUUCAAAGGUUGGGGCGUGCACAACUGCGGAGUUGAUGAAGUUGCGGGAGUGGUCUGCAAGGUUCCCGUGAUGAAGUGUCCCAAUAACUACUGGCUAUGCCAAUCUUCCAAGGAUUGCAUUCCAACCUCCUUUGUGUGCGACAAUAUGAACGACUGUCCGGAUAAGUCGGACGAAAGCGCAGCCAUCUGUCAGGCUCCCCCUCAGUACCGUUUGGAGGGAGGACGCAAUGCCAACGAAGGACGCCUGGAAGUAAAGCACCAUGGCGUUUGGGGCAGUGUUUGCGAUGAUGACUUUAACCUGAAGGCUGCCCAAGUUGCCUGCAACUCCAUGGGUUUCUAUGGACCAGCGAAAAUAGAGAAAAACAUUUAUGGCAUUGGGAACGGGCCCGUUUGGCUAGAUCAGGUAAUGUGUUUCGGAAACGAGACCUCCAUUGAUCUGUGUAACCACUGGAACUGGGGUGAAAGUAACUGCAACCAUACCGAAGAUGUGGCGCUGCGUUGCACGGCUGGGCCACCACCUCGCAGUCAAAGAUUUUCCCAGAGCCAACUUAAAGGUGGUAGGACGGUUGCAGAGGAAGCCGCAGCCAGAAGCUAUUCUCAAAUAGGCCUGUGGGAGCGAUCUAGUAAGGCCCUGCAUACUCCCCGUCGCUGUGGAAUCUUUAAGGACGACCUGACCGAUGAGUAUGCCCAUCGAGAGGAGCGCGUGGUCAGGGGAAAUGUGGCUCAGCGAGGUCGUCAUCCCUGGCAGGCCACCUUGAGAAUCCGUGGACGUGGCGGUAUCUCCAGCCAUUGGUGUGGAGCAGUGGUGAUUUCCAAGCGCCAUCUCCUCACUGCCGCCCACUGUCUCUAUGGAACUUCUAAGGGAGCCUACUUUGUCCGCGUCGGAGAUCACUAUGCCAAUAUAGCCGAGUCCUCCGAGGUGGAUACGUUCAUUGAGAACUGGUACAUACACGAGGAGUUCCGCAAGGGAACCCACAUGAAUAAUGAUAUUGCAGUGGUAGUGCUAAAGACUCCUCUAAAGUUCAGUGACUACGUCCAGCCCAUUUGUCUGCCCGAUAAGAAGGCUGAGCUUGUCCAGGACCGCAAGUGCACCAUUUCCGGUUGGGGCUCUAUCAAAUCAGGAGUGUCCACCCCUGCUCAAGUUUUAGGAUCGGCUGAGCUUCCCAUUCUAGCGGAUAAUGUCUGCAAGCAAUCGAAUGUAUAUGGAUCGGCCAUGGCGGAAGGCAUGUUCUGUGCGGGCUCCAUGGAUGAGAGUGUGGAUGCUUGCGAAGGUGACUCAGGCGGUCCGCUCGUCUGCUCCGAUGACGAUGGCGAGACUUUGUACGGCCUUAUUUCGUGGGGUCAGCACUGCGGCUUUAAGAACAGGCCGGGUGUCUAUGUCCGUGUCAAUCACUAUAUCGAUUGGAUCUACGAGAAAAUUAAUGAGAGCUUGAAACGCUUUUAAGUGAACAUAUUUUCCAGCAUUUUAAUCCAGCUUGUUACAUGACUAUUGUUGUUUAAGAAUUUUGUAGUGAGUUUACAAAUAAAGCAAACUAUUUAGAAAAUA